AUGGUGCCGAAGUCAGAAGCCCAUAACCGCAUGCGGAGAUCUCCUCAAGCGUGCUCUUCGGCAUCCCUUCGACUUGCUCUCUACCCAUACCCGCAUGCUGAGAUCUCCUCAAGCGUGCUCUUCGACUUCGUUAAAAGCAAGCGAGACGAAACCUUCUCAUUUUUCUUCGCUUUAGCCUUCGACCUGCUCUCUACCUCUUAUUCCCACUACAAUCGAAUUCUCCCUGCAGCAGAACACUGCCAACCCUCCAACCCAGUCGAGCUCCCGAACGAAGCCGCCUUUACCUUCUCUGGCCAAAUCUCGAUCCUAGCAAGACCUCCUUUGCUUCGUGGACUGAAAUACCUUCAUUCAGCAAAUAUACUGCAUAGAGACCUGAAGCCUGGAAACCUAUUGAUCAAUGCAAAUUGUGACCUUAAGAUUUGUGACUUUGGUCUGGCUCGAACAAGCAAUGGGCAAGGACAGUUCAUGACUGAGUAUGUUGUCACUCGUUGGUAUCGAGCCCCUGAGCUUCUUCUUUGCUGUGAUAAUUAUGGAACAUCAAUAGAUGUGUGGUCCGUGGGCUGCAUCUUUGCUGAGUUACUUGGACGCAAACCUGUUUUCCCUGGAUCAGAAUGCCUGAACCAGCUCAAGCUCAUUGUCAAUGUGUUGGGCACCAUGAAUGAUUCUGAUCUUUCUUUUAUUGAUAAUUCUAAGGCUCGGAAGUAUAUCAAGUCACUUCCAUACUCACCGGGCAUAUCUUUCAGUUCUCUUUAUCCCCAUGCAGAUCCCUUAGCCAUUGAUCUACUUCAGAAGAUGCUUGUUUUUGAUCCCUCUAAGAGGAUCAGUGUUAUUGAGGCACUUCAGCAUCCUUACAUGUCACCUCUUUAUGAUCCAAGUACCAAUCCUCCAGCUGAUGUCCCCGUCGACAUUGAGGUUGAUGAAGACUUGGGAGAAAAUAUGAUUAGGGAAAUGAUGUGGAAUGAGAUGCAUUUUUACCAUGCAGAUGAUUCUUCCUUAAAUGUGCGAGAUAUUAUGGAGUGAGAUGUUUUAGUUCUUUCAUUUGGAAAAAAGAUGUUUAACUUCCAUUCAGAAGUUUCUUGACUCAUUGUGUGAAACAAUAAGGUGGAAGGUUUUUAUGUGGUGUGUAUUGUCCAGUUGCGUUACUACUUGCUAGUAUCGGUUGCGGUUGCACUCGACUGUUUAUUUCAUGUAAAUAUGCGUUGUAUUUUUGUCAUUAAGAAAGCCACUUUUUUUGAAAAUUUUAUUCUGGUGUGUUGCGCGUGGA